AUGUUUGCCACAGUCCAGUUUGACGACCAGGACCCGUGGAAGCCCAAUUUCCUCGACACCCUGGACGUCGAGCGGGUCAUGCACCUGUUGGCGCAAACGUACGUGGCUAUCCCCAGCUACCGGCGCCAGGCUGAGGCGAUAGACAUGGUGGUCGAGUGCCACCACCUGCUGGUGGUGCUCCACUUGAGCGUGCGCUUGCUCUCCCAGUUCAUGCACAUCCACCCCGUCCACUCCGAACCGGUGCUUUCCCUCGUCGGGUGGCCGCUGGCGUCGCAGCUGGUGCCGCUCAUGUUCACCCGCGGCCCCGCCCUCGGCGCCACGGACCCCCCGCGCCACUUGGUGUGUCCCCUCACCCUUAAAUGCCUCCAGUUCGUCGUGCUGAGGCACCACAUCCACAUCGACGUCCUCCAGGACAACCACUACUACCUCAUGGACCAGUGGCACCCCGAGUUGAUCGCGCGCAUCUGCCGCUACGCGGAAACGAUCUUUUGGCACCACGCCCGCCACCUCGAAGGCCCGCCGGCAAUUCCGGCGACAGUGCCGCUGCUGCCGCAAGCGGUGGACCCGGAGUUGUCGCUGGACGAUACUUUGGGCGACGAGUCCGAGGUAGCGGCGAAAAUCACGGCUCCCACUUCUUUUUCUCCCUCUGAAGUGACUCCCACCCUCCAAUCGCAGGCUAGCUUCAUCGGCAACGAAGAAAACCUCCGUCACAACGACUAUGUCGUCAUCGACGACCUCCAGGAGGUCGAGUGCACUUACGAACCCGACUCGCGGGCGUUGGCGUCGCCGCCACCAUUAAGACAGGCGCUCCGCCCGUCAACCCGUCAAAACCGCCCGUGCUCGCCCGCUAAGCCCCCGCUGAGGCCCGCCACCCCACAAUCGCAGCCGGUGACGCGGCAAACCCUGUUCCGCCUGCCCCGCCGGUUGCGACCCCUGCUGAGCGUGGUGGAGACGGGUUACUUCUUCGACGAGUUCGCCUCCUCUGAAAGUGUCCCGCGCUACAUCAAGGACAAUAAGCGCCUCAAGUUCAUCAAGGUGGGCAAAGUGCAGAAGUACGUCAAUCUUUUCGAGGAAAAGACCGACGAGGUGCUCCCCAGUCCCAUGCGCCUGGGGCCGUCGUCGCCCCGCAAGCAAAGCGCCGCGUCGUCGCCCCUCCUCGCCCACCCCCGCUCNGCCCCCCCACGCUCGAUGGACGCCUUCUAG